AUGAAUCAAAAAUGCCUUUACAGAAGGGAUUUUCACAACUACGAAGCUACAAGCGAAGGUCGAUACCUUCCAGGCGAUGACUAUGUGUUAGCCCGUGCGGGCGACAUGCCUAACAUCAGAAGGGCGGUUCAUCACUACGAAGCUAUGAGCAAAGGCCAAUACCUUCCAGUUGAUGUCUACAUGUUGACCUGCGUGGGUGACAGUUUCAAAACCAAAAGGACAAUACGCCAUCUUCCAGAGAACGACGGUUGUCGAUUAAGUGAGCGAAAACAGAUUAUUCCAGCAAAGCCAAUAGUUGAGCUACUGUCUACUAUGUAUCAGUUGGGAAUUCGUGCGAAAAAGCGUUGCCUUUGCGCACUAGCCGAGAUGUGUUCACCGAGCAAGCAACAAACAACCUAUGUCCUGCUCCGACUCUCCAAAAUCACGGCGAAGGAUCCGCGCAUUAGAACUUAAACGGUGCUAUGGAGAUUGUUCGGUUUUUUAUUGUCCUUUGAACAUGAAUCUGAAACAAUACAGCGACCACGAUAUCUGUCCUCUACUGUGUAUAUUCAGCCUAUCCACAUCACACCGAAGGAUCCGUGCAUUGGAACUCGAACGGUGUUCUGGAGAUUGUUCGGAUCUGUAAUGGCCUAUGAGCAUGAUUCUAAAAAAAUAUAGCGACCGCGAUAUCGAGGUUGUCUUAUUCAUACGGGUGAUGAUUGCGGGCUAUCUAUUAGUUGGGAACUUGUCCAUAUUUAUCAUGCAGUAGAUUUAUGAAGAAAUCCAC